AUGUGUCAAGAGUACAAAGAGGUUAUGAGAAAUUUGUCCGGGGACGCGCUGAGUAAACAUUUGUCAUUCGUCGAGCGGACGGAGGGAGUCGGAAGGGAGUCGCGACAAGUCGACGACGCGGAGUUGGCCCGGCACGAACUCCGCAUACAGACACCGCACCGCGCUGUUUGCCUUCUUCGUGUAAAGGUGAUUUCGGAGCAAAAAUAUACAAAUAACACGAAAUCAUCGCGAGGUUACGCCGCGGUCAGCAAGGCGGAAACACGGAAGCAGAUGUUGACAGUCCUCCCACCCUCCUAUCAACUUCCUGUCGCCUGGACCACACUCGCGGAUACGCCCUUCCAAUUUCGUGUUCCACACUCCGAAAUAUUGGGGCAUAACAAAGUUCCCGCUCUCGAUUCGUCUUACACAAACGUAUGUAACGCUUUUCAAUAUGUCUGA